AUGGCUGCCGGUGAACAAGUUUCUAACAUGUUUGACACUAUCUUAGUCUUAGACUUUGGUUCUCAAUACUCUCAUUUGAUUACCAGAAGAUUGAGAGAGUUCAACAUCUAUGCUGAGAUGUUGCCAUGCACUCAGAAGAUCUCUGAAUUGGGCUGGACUCCAAAAGGUGUCAUUCUUUCUGGUGGUCCAUACUCCGUGUACGCUGAAGACGCUCCUCACGUAGACCAUGCUAUCUUUGAUUUGAACGUUCCAAUCCUGGGUAUCUGUUACGGUAUGCAGGAAUUGGCUUGGAUUAAUGGUAAACAAGUUGGUCGUGGUGACAAGAGAGAGUACGGUCCUGCUACUUUAAAGGUGAUUGACGAUUCCAACCCUCUAUUCAAGGGUAUGAACGACUCCACAGUCUGGAUGUCUCACGGCGAUAAAUUGCACGGUUUGCCAACUGGUUACAAGACCAUUGCCACCUCCGAUAACUCCCCAUACUGUGGUAUUGUCCACGAAACCAAGCCAAUCUAUGGUAUCCAAUUCCACCCAGAAGUUACACAUUCUACCCAAGGUAAGACUCUUUUGAAAAACUUUGCUGUUGAUUUGUGUCACGCCAAGCAAAAUUGGACUAUGGAAAACUUUAUCGACACUGAAAUAAACAGAAUUAGAAAGUUGGUCGGUCCAACUGCUGAGGUCAUUGGUGCUGUUUCCGGUGGUGUUGAUUCCACUGUUGCUUCCAAAUUGAUGACAGAAGCUAUCGGUGAUAGAUUCCAUGCCAUCCUGGUUGAUAACGGUGUUUUGAGAUUGAACGAAGCUGCUAACGUUAAAAAGACUCUUGUUGAAGGGUUAGGUAUCAACUUGAUGGUUGUCGAUGCUUCCGAAGAAUUUUUGGGUAAAUUAAAGGGUGUCACUGACCCAGAAAAGAAGAGAAAGAUCAUCGGUAACACAUUUAUUCAUGUCUUUGAAAGAGAAGCCGAAAAGAUCAAGCCAAAAGAUGGUAAGGAAAUUCAGUUCUUGUUACAAGGUACCCUUUAUCCAGAUGUCAUCGAGUCCAUUUCUUUCAAAGGUCCUUCUCAAACCAUUAAAACCCAUCACAAUGUCGGUGGUUUACUAGAAAACAUGAAGUUAAAGUUGAUUGAACCAUUGAGAGAACUGUUUAAAGAUGAAGUUAGACAUCUAGGUGAAUUAUUAGGAAUCCCUCAUGAUCUGGUCUGGAGACAUCCUUUCCCUGGUCCAGGUAUUGCCAUCCGUGUUCUAGGUGAAGUUACUAAGGAACAAGUUGAAAUAGCAAGAAAAGCUGAUAACAUUUACAUUGAAGAAAUCAAGAAGGCCGGUCUAUACAACCAAAUUUCCCAAGCCUUUGCCUGUUUGUUGCCUGUGAAAUCUGUUGGUGUGAUGGGUGACCAAAGAACCUAUGAUCAAGUUAUUGCCUUGAGAGCCAUUGAAACUACCGAUUUCAUGACUGCUGACUGGUUCCCUUUCGAACACAGCUUCUUGAAGAAAGUCGCCUCAAGAAUUGUCAAUGAAGUCGAUGGUGUUGCUAGGGUCACUUACGAUAUAACUUCUAAACCUCCUGCAACCGUUGAAUGGGAAUGA